AUGUUUCAUAAACGUUCCAGAUCAUUCAGGCUGAUAUUAACGCCAGAUAGCAGCACAUUUGUGAAGCACCCAUCCCUACUAUGGCACAACGGCCAGGUUGACAGCCAAAUGGACCUAUCCCACAUCUAUUCUGGCUACGUAUUCGGUAAUAAUAAUUCAUACGUAUAUGGCUCUAUAAUUGAUGGUGUAUUCACUGGAAGGAUUAAACUUUCUGAUGGCAGUGUAUAUUUUGUCGAGAGGGCUAUUUUCUACCUGGACAAGCCAUCCUUCCAUUCCAUCAUCUACGCCGAUGAGGAUGUUGUCGACCGGCCUACUGACGCUGAUAUUCUCGGUAAUGAUGCCACAGCAGAUGGGAAUAACAAUAGGAGGAUGUCCAUAAUGACAAAAUUUCGAUGCAGAUUGAAACGAUCCAUAUCUGACACAAACAGCGGCAAAACAAACCACAACGUAAAUAAUCACUCGUCGCCUCACCACCACCACCACCACCACCAUCACGCUGAUUGUGGAAUGUCGCACAAGGGCAUUCAUGCUUGGAUGGAGAAGGUUCAAAAAUCCGCCAUCCCCACUUCACAAUCUCCAUCUGCCACUUACAACCAGAAACUAAAAGGUCCAAAUUAUUUCGGCUAUGAAAAUAAAUACAGCUUUGAAUCAAACACGAACAACAAUUUUGGCCACCGUCUGAAACGAGACACCAACGUCAUAAACGCCUACAAGCGCCAAUGUUCUCUCUACCUUCAAUCAGACCCCUCACUUUGGGCUUAUUUUGCAAAACUAAUGAGUGAGGAUAAAAUAAAAGAUGAGAUAACAGCACUGUUUUCUUCCCACGUUGAUGCACUGAACUCCGUUUUCAAGAAUACAAAGUUCAUGUACAAUGGCAUGGGUCCUUUUGUCAACUUCAACUUUGUGGUACAUCGAAUUCAGAUAAAUUCGACCUCCAUGUGUGGCAGUGGUGGGAGCAAUCCGACCAGCGGUUUCUGCAAGAACAAUCUGGAUGCCAGUAACUUUCUUAACGAACAGUCAAUGACCAAUCACAAUGACUACUGUUUGGCCUUCACCUUUUCAUACCGUCAGUUCACUCAGGGAACCAUCGGACUUGCCUGGGUCGCUCAAAUAGGUAGCUCUGGAGGGAUCUGUGAGAAGUACAAAGAGUUCUCGGAAGGUUCUCAGAAAAUUUAUAAAAGUCUCAACACUGGCGUUGUCACUUUGUGCAAUUACAACAGCAGAGUGCCUGUGAAAGUUUCUCAGAUAACAUUCGCGCAUGAAGUUGGACACAAUUUUGGAUCACUGCAUGACUCCGGAGCCGCCUGCAUACCCUUGCUAGCCAACCCAUUCGACAAGAGUGGAAACUUUCUGAUGUAUGCCAGUGCAACGUCGGGUCUCCAGUCCAACAACAACAGGUUCUCAGAAUGCAGUAUCAACAACAUCACAGUGGUUUUGGAUCGGCUGUUGCGAAGUUCCGACCCUCAGGUGAACUGCUUCCAAGAGAAGGAAGAAGCGUUCUGCGGGAAUGGCAUUGUCGAAAGUGACCCUGCUAAGAACAUCACCGAGCAGUGCGACUGUGGCUUUGUGAACGACUGCAAGGAGGCCUGCUGCUACCCAAGAUUGAUAAAGGGACCAUGUUGUAACGCCGAUACGUGCAGCUUCAUCGAGCAAGCCAGGAAUGUGUCCUGCAAACAGUCAACAGAUUGCACCGAACAAGCCUUUUGUGAAUAUCCUUUGUUUCUUGAGUUAUUUACUGGGAGGCAAGCCAAAUGUCCCCAGCCACCUUACAAGCCCGAUGGUUCAGAAUGCAAUGAAAAUACUCGCAUCUGCUUCAAAGGGGAGUGCUCUCAGUCGAUAUGCAACAAAAUUCAUUGGUCGGAGUGUUCCUCACAGGCCCCACCUGGCGACAAGUCAUUUGACAGAGGCCUGCUCUGUUUUGUGUCUUGCUUAAGAACGCCGUGUGAGAACUACAAGGGGUAUUGUGAUGUCUUCUACAAAUGCAGACCCGUCAACGAGGACGGGCCCCUCCUGCAACUCAAGAACCUGCUGCUCAACGAGAAGACCAUCAACGACAUCAGGCAGUGGGUCACUGAGUAUUGGUGGGUGGUGCUGCUGUCGGGAGUGGGUGUGAUUGUUCUCAUGGCACUCUUCAUCAAGGUUUGUGCCGUCCACACGCCAAGCAGCAAUCCGAAGCUGAAGAAGGCUCGACAGUUGUCACUAAAGCGGAGGAGGAAAAGACAGCAGGAUCAGAUGAAGAUGGGUAUAUCAUCCAUUUCCGCGAGCCACCAUGACGUCCUACGAGCAGGUCCCAGUGGCGAGCCCGCCGUCAGAGGGGGUGGCAGAGGGGGCAGGAGUAGCGGCAGAACAAAAAAUAAAACUUCGAACUUGUGA